AUGCAGCCUCAGGGACACACCCACAAGGUGGGAAUCCAAUUGUACGUUGGCAUGAAUUCUGCCAGUGAGAGCAAAGCGGCAAUAGAGGAUGCCAUACAUGGUGCAUACAUGGUCUUCAUAGCAGCUGGAAUGGCUGGAGGAACAGGCACAGGUGGGGCUCCUGUAGUUGCAAAAAUGGCAAAGUCUCUGGGUAUCUUGACUAUUAGCAUUGUCACGACACCAUUCACCUGAGGAAGAAGGCGUACUAUUCAAGCUCUUGAAGGAAUUACAGCUCUGAAGAAAAAUGUUGACAUAAUUGUUAUUCCUAAUGACAAAUUAUUGACUGAAGUUUCACAGUUGACACCAGUAAAUGAGGCGUUUAAUUUAGCUGAUGAUGUUCUUCAGCAGGGUGUCCGUUGUAUCUCUGAGGUAGUCACAGUUCCAGGUCUUGUCAAUGUUGAUUUUGCUGAUGUAAGAGCUAUCAUGAAAGAUGCUGGUUCCUCGCUUAUGGGAAUAGGUACCGGAAUUGGGAAGGCGAGGGCCGCAGUUGCUGCAUUCAAGGCCAUAGAUUACCUUUGUUAGAUAUUGGUAAGAGCUACUGGGAUUGUUUGGAAUAUAACUGGUGGAAGUGACUUAUCUUUAUCUGAGGUGAAUUCGGCAGCUGAGCCUAUAUGUGACCUUGUAGAUCCCACUGUAAACUUAAUAUUUGGAACAGUGAUAGAUCAGUCACUAAUUAGACAAGUCAGCAUAACUCUUAUUGCCACUGGAUUUAGACACCAUGAUGAAACUGACCAGUGA